GGCUCUAUUGAGCAUAGCGUUAAAGUUUUCGGUGGAUGAAAAAUCAGAAGAACUAUUGUGCUCGGAGCGAUAUGUAUAACAUGAUGAUCAGGUUGCAUGCUAGACAUAAUCGGACAGAUCAGGCUCGUGGAUUGUUUUUCGAGAUGCAAAAAUGGAGAUGCAAGCCAGAUGCCGAAACCUACAAUGCUCUUAUCAAUGCACAUGGUCGAGCUGGUCAAUGGCGCUGGGCUAUGAAUAUUUUGGAAGACAUGCUACGUGCAGCUAUCCCUCCUAGUCGAUCAACCUAUAACAACUUGAUCAAUGCAUGUGGGUCUAGUGGAAAUUGGAGGGAAGCUGUGAAAGUAUGCAAGAAAAUGACGGAAAAUGGAGUUGGUCCUGAUUUGGUCACCCAUAAUAUUAUGUUGUCUGCAUUUAAGAAUGGAGCUCAGUAUGCAAAAGCGUUAUCUUAUUUUGAGCUUAUGAAAGGAACAAAAAUUCGUCCUGACACAACUACACUUAAUAUUGUAAUCUAUUGCCUGGUAAAGCUUGGGCAAUAUGGGAAAGCUAUUGAUAUUUUCAAUUCCAUGAGGGAGAAGAGAUCAGAAUGUCGGCCUGAUAUUGUAACAUUCACUAGCAUCAUUCAUUUGUAUUCUGUGAGUGGAGAGAUAGAAAACUGCAAAGUCAUUUUCAGUACAAUGCUUGCUGAAGGUCUGAAACCUAAUGUUGUUUCCUAUAAUGCAUUAAUGGGUGCAUAUGCUUCACGUGGAAUGAGUAAAGAGGCUCUUUCAGUUUUCAGUGAGAUAAAGCAAAAUGGCCUUCGCCCAGAUGUUGUUUCUUAUACAUGCUUACUUAAUGCUUAUGGAAGAUCACAUCAACCUGGGAAAGCGAAAGAAGUAUUUGACUUGAUGAAGAGAGAUAAUUGGAAACCCAAUCUUGUUAGUUAUAAUGCACUAAUUGAUGCCUAUGGGUCAAAUGAUUUGUUAGUUGAAGCUGUAGAUGUAUUGCGUCAAAUGGAGCAAGAUGGUAUUAAGCCAAACGUCGUCUCAAUAUGUACUCUCCUGGCUGCCUGUGGCCGUUGUGAUCAAAAGGUGAAAAUUGAAGCUGUUCUUUCUGCAGCAGAGUUACGAGGAAUAAAACUGAACACAAUUGCUUAUAAUUCAGCUAUUGGGAGCUAUAUGAAUGUGGGUGAAUGUGAGAAAGCUAUAGCUUUGUACAGAACUAUGAGAAAAAAGAAAGUCAUGCCUGACUCUGUUACUUAUACCGUGCUUAUAAGUGGUUGCUGUAAUAUGUCAAAAUAUGAUGAAGCAUUUGAGUUUUUUGAUGAAAUGAUGGAUCUAAAGAUUUCUUUGACAAAGGAGGUCUACUCAUGUGUGAUUUGUGCUCACAGCAAAAAGGGUCAAGUUGCAGAGGCAGAAUCGACGUUCAACAUGAUGAAGAUGGCUGGUUGUAGUCCUGAUGUUGUUACAUAUACUACAAUGCUGCAUGCCUACAAUUCUUCAGAAAAUUGGGAAAAAGCUUGUGCACUAUUUCUAGAAAUGGAAACAACUGAUAUCCAACCAGACACUAUAGCUUGUUCAGCUCUGAUGAGAGCUUUCAACAAAGGAGGUCAACCAUCAAAGGUUCUUACGCUGGCAGCAUUUAUGAGAGAAAAAGAAAUCCCCUUUUCUGAUGCUGUUUUCCUUGAAAUGCUGUCAGCUUGCAGCAUCUUGAGAGAUUGGAAAACAGCAAUAGACCUUAUCAAUUUGAUGGAGCCUUCACUUCCUGUGGUUUCCAUUGGACUUGUUAACCAGCUUCUUAAUCUUCUUGGAAAAAGUGGAAAAAUUGAACCAAUGAUGAAGUUGUUUUACAAGUUAAUAGCAUCUGGUGCUGAAUUGAAUUUCAGCACUUACUCGAUUUUGUUAAAAAAUCUUUUGGGUGCUGGAAAUUGGAGAAAAUACAUUGAGGUAUUGCAGUGGAUGGAGGAUGCAGGAAUUCGGCCUUCAAAUGGGAUGUUCCAUGAUAUAUUCUCAUUUGCACAAAAAAGUGGUGGAGCUGAGUAUGCACCUAUAAUAUGUGAAAGAGUUGAAUCCUUGAGAAGGAAAUCAGCAAAUCAAACUUGAUCUGGGGAAGUUUCUUGACUUCAAAACUCAUCAUUGAAGAUGAGCAGAAGAUGUACAUGGUAGAUGCAAACACCUGUUUUAUAUCCAGCUCACUUCAAGAUCAUCUCCGAAUCAACGACUGGAGAAGUAUAAUUCUACCAUCUAAGAACUGUUUAACUCAAUUGACACACCAGACUGCAAAGGGUCAACAUCUUAGAUAUCUACUCCCGUCAUAAUCUUAUGGAGCAGGUAUAUUAUCAUGCAGUGACUGCUGGAAUUAUUUCCUUGUAAGUUAAUUCAAAAUGGAAAAAUGAGUAGGCGUGGGCUAUUGCCGAGAACAUGGUAGCAUGCUUCCCGAGUGAGCUUAAAAUAAUUUUAUUCUGAAAUGUAAAAUAAAUGUAAAUACAAUCAAAUUUACUAUUUGACGGUAUGCAUGCGCAUACCUAAAUAUUGAGAAUGCUAUGGUCGGAAUCAGCCUUCGGUUCACAAGGAUUAAUUGUGUUGAUGAAUAAAAAUUGUACCUCUUUUAUGAA